AUGAGAGUACCGAGCGGUAAUUAUGUGGCAGUUAGGAAUAUGAUUUCAUUUUGGAUCUUCGGCAUGUGCAACAAUUUUGCCUAUAAUGUCAUGCUCGGUGCAGCACAGGACAUAUUGACGAGGAGUUCGAACAUCACGGGAAAGGUCGCCAACAGUUCAGAGCGUUGUGUGGAGGUGAUCACGUCCCGUAGCUGCUCUCCUGCGUCUGCUGGCGUGGUGCUGUUGUGCAACAUCUUGCCAUGUCUUAUAGUGAAGUUGCUCUGUCCUUUCUUCAUGGAACACAUUCCAUACUCUGUGCGACAUUUUGUUAUCUGCAUCACUCAGUUAGCUUCACUACUAGUUACUGCGUGGGCGGAGUCUGUACCGAUGGCCCUUAUUGGAGUGCUUUUGGCGUCGUUCUCUUGUGGAUUUGGCGAGACGACGUAUUUGGGUUUAGCCAGCCACUAUUCUAAACACACUAUCUCGACGUGGUCUUCUGGCUCAGGGAUGGCCGGCUUAGCAGGAACUUUUUCUUAUGCUGUAAUGACAGACGUAAAUCUGUUGGCUUUAACCCCGACGGACGCCAUGCUGGUCAUGCUAGUCGUUCCUAUAUCCUUCAUGUUUUCGUACUAUAUGCUUCUUGUUAGAGCUCCAACUGUUCCAACAGUUAGUGUGUUUAAACCUUCUACAUGGCUCGAUUUCACCACUGAACAUAAGUGA